GUCGCCAUCUCUAACUAAAAACCAGAGAGAGAGAGGAAUAAAAAGGCUAUCUGUCAGCAUAUUUCAACAACACAUACACAGCUCGCAGAGAGGGUUCUCCAUGGACGCCCUUCUCUGCGAUGAGCUUCUCCAGGAAAUCUUCAACCGUCUCCCGCAGCCUUCCGCCGCCGUCGCCCUCGUUUCCAGGCGGUGGCGGCGCGUGCUCCGGUCGUCCACCUCUUCUCUUUCGGUCCGCUUCCACGACCCCGCCAUGGUCGCUUCUCUCGCCGCCUAUCUCGCCCAACACCCGUUUCUCUCUUCUCUUUCGGUCACCGGCAGCGGCGGCGAUGACCGUCUCCUUCUAGCGGUGGCGUCGUCGUGUCCGAACCUGCGCCGCCUCGACUUCUUGUGCUCCCAAGUUUCUACGGUAUCUCUUUGUUCUCUGUCCGUUUAUUGCAUUAAUUUGAAUUCUAUUGCUGUAGCUGUUCCGAGGCCUCUGUCUUUCCGUUGGCUGCGCUGUUUUAGCUCUUUGAAAAGCCUCUCGCUUUCAAUCACCAACCCUCGUUCAGAACAACACAAUACUGAUCAAGAAGAAGAAGAUGAUAAUGAUGAUGCCUGUAAUAAUUUGGGGUUGAAUUUGGAUUUGGAUUGUCUUUCUUUGAGUGGAAUCUUGCCAGGGGAUUAUGAGGAGCUUAGGUAUCUUUGGAGAAGCUGUAAGAAUGUCAAGAAAUUGGAAUUAAUGAACUCUGAGAGCCUGGGGGAUACCUCCAUGUUUGCAAGGCUUAUAAGAGGUGUGAAGGAAUUGGAAUUGAGAACCUGCAGGAGCAUAGUUGACGUGGUGCUGCACAAAUUAUCAGAGACCAAUGUUUGUCUGAAUUCUUUGUUGGUUCACGACGGCGGCAGCCGCGAGGGGUUGCUUCACUUCAUCAACCACAGCAAGUGUAACUUGACACGCCUUGAUUUGAGGUUGCCCCUAGAUCUCGACAACGCUCAUUUGACGGCCUUGUCUGAGAAUCCCAAUUUCAGAGGCUUAGCAACUUUAAGGUUGCAAAGCUGCAGUUUGGUCAGCGGCGAGGGGCUAAAGUCUGUCGGGAGGGCAUUGGCGGAUGUGUUGGAGGAGCUUGCUCUGAUUAAUUGCGACGUGGGGAGGGAGCCCGGUUUGCUAACGGAUUUAGGACAAAAUCUGAGGCGGUUGAGGAGAGUGGACUUGUCGUACAACGAUACAUUGGUUGAUAAGGAGGUUGUGUCGAUGUUUGCAUCGGGGCGCCUGGUGGAAGUGAAACUGAGGGGUUGUAGUAAACUGACAAACAUAGCGGUGGUUUCGAUGGUAAGAAUGUGUAAGGAGUUGCAGUGGGUUGAUAUAAGUUAUUGCAGUGGGAUUGGGGUGGAUGGAGUGGAGUUUUUAGUGAAGAAGAAGAGCUCGUUGAAACUGAGAGGGGUGGAAGUGGAGGGGAGCAAGCUUUCUGAAACUGCAGCCAAGCCAGUGGGAAGUCGAUAGAUACGGUAGUUAGUUAGUUAGUUAGUUAUAUCUUGGAAAGAAAGAAGCAAAAGUUGAGAACAAGUGUAAAAGGGUGUGUGUGUAUUGAUAUCAUCGAUCAAUGGAGAAAGUGUUUAUUUUAGUGGUUGACGAUAUAUGAAUCACGUUUGUUAUAAGAAA